AUGGCAACUCUACAAGGAACUCACCGCCGAGGUCCCUCAAAGCCUCAGAGCGGACUUGCAGCUCAGAGCAGAAAUGGAGACGGGGAGGAAUCCCCAGAAGGGGCUGUCGAGAAAAGCAACACCCCUGCUCUUAGUAUCACCGCUCAUGAUGUGUAUUUUGAGCUUUCCGAGGAGGAAACCAACCGAAAGUAUGGUGAACUCGGUGCCAACGUCCAGAAACUGCUUGAUACUCCGUUGAAUAUGGAACUUGGUACACAGAAAGACAAGGUGGAUUUGCUGAAGGCGAGCAUUGCGGACUUUAAACUGGAGGGCUACGAUCAUGCACAGUGGAAGUCGACUGCUAGUACUACUGAUGCAAUCUCGGCCGGCUCCCUAUCGGACGCAGAUUGGGACAUGGUUUGUCGAGCCACCCAUUUUAUGAAUGGCCAUCGAAUGGUUUUCUUGGAAAACGCGGGCGGCCGAAGAAAGUUCCAAAGAAUCGAUAAAGCGCCAUAUUCUGCCUUUUCUAUCAAAGCGAGGAGCCUCGAUGAGAUGGGAAUGACCGGUCCUAACGUCACACUUCCAACCACAGAUCCAAUCUUGUACAAGUAUCCUUUGUACACUGUCACGGAUGACUCCUAUGUCAAUGUGUUUGAAACCGCCAAUGCACUUUCCAACAGCCUUGCAUCGAGCAACUUCUCAUCGAUGGAUGUUGAGGCUUCAAUUGGGGGAGGCCUUUUCGGCUACAGUGCUGCCGCCAAGGGUGGGUUCAGCAGAAGUGAGACUGACGCCCUUGCUACCAGCGAACAAAGCAAGCACCGAACCAUGAACAUCACAUACAAUUUUCCGAGAGUGGUUCUGCAUCUGGACAAUGACAGCUUGGUGCUGACCAAGAGCUGCAAGGAUGCCUUGGACAACAUUAUCAACCUCAGAAAGGACCCGAAGGUGGCAAGUUGGCAAGAAAGGAAAGCUCUGAUCAAAUUCUAUCAGAAGUUUGGACACUUCUUUGCCACCAACGUAGAACUGGGUGGAAAGUUGUUUUCAAAGGAGGAAUUUACUUCAACAGAUGUGAUGAAAACGGCAGAGAAGUCAAAUGCUAUGAAGAUUAGCGCGGCGCUGUCCUUUUCUUCUCCAGUGGUUCAGGCCUCUGCUAGCUACAGCCAGGAAACCCAGAAAUCGUCAGGUAGCGCCAGCCAGACCAGUAACAUGAGCAAAGCACUUUCUUGGGAAGCCGUGGGUGGUGAUACGACACUUUGCAACAAUCCUCCGGCCUGGAGUUCUACAGUCAAGCCCUUCAAGAACUGGAGAGUCAUCAACCAAAAGGACGUCAUGGCAAUUGCGGAGUUUAUUGGGACAUUCGAUGGAUAUGAUAAAAUCCCCGAAAUGUUCAAAAUGAUCAGCCAUGAAUCCGCCCAAAGAACGCCCUGCCGCUUCCUCCUCCAAGCGGACCCUGGCUAUGACGGAAAAAUCAAGGGAACCCAGUAUUAUGGCCUUCGCAAUGAUGUAGGUCAAAGGAAAAAUGAGCUUAUGUUUGAUUACCUGAGCGACUGGUGUCUAAAAGAAGAAAAAGUCAGAUCGAGCUAUGGCGUCGAUAACCUUCAGGACUCAACCAACAAUGCCAAGUAUGUAUUUAAACAGGAUGCAUAUACAAAUAACUGGCAUGAGUGGGUCGGAAUUGAUCCGCUAAAAACGCGCACGCCGGAGGGCGGCUGUAUAUUUGAGCUCGACGUUGAGACACAGCUUGGACGACCACCAAGGUUGACAUACAAUACGCCAUACAAAUUGUUCAACAAGGCGACCCGAUAUUACUUGGCAGCAGACGUUGGCGCGGAUGCGAGAAUUGGUGGCAGGACCAUGGGGCUUUUGUAUUACACCAGGAACGACAAAAGAACCGGGACAUUUGUUUUCCAGAAAGCGCAUCAGACCAGUGCUAAAGGCACGAUUGACGAGGGCGCCAAUGUCGAACUUCACUUGUGCAACGACAAUGACGUUCCCAUCGGACAGGUGAAGCGUAGUAUAAACGACGAAUCAACGCUGGGCGUCGAGCUAUAUGAUUGCCAGCUGAAUUUCCUCUUCGUCACAAACAACUCAUACAUGAGAUACGAGGAGAGUGAUUUCUAG